UUGCCGCGAGAUUUGGAACUGGUUUCCAGGAAAAGCAGCAGGUACUAAGCAUUACCUUGGACACCGACAAGCCUGACUUUAGCCAGGGGGUUUUCGAAUACUGUCCUGGAGUGCUUUCGAUCUCAUUAGCUUGCCAUCUCAACAGAGAUGGCUCAGUCAAAGCUGGUAUCUGCGCAGGAAGUCUCGCAGCAUGCCACUCCUGCAGAUUGUUGGAUUGUGGUAGACGGUCAAGUUUGGGAUGUGACAGACUUUCUUGAAGAGCAUCCUGGAGGAUCUGCUAUUAUUUUGAAGUACGCGGGCCGCGAUGCCACCAAGGCCUAUUCCGAGAUCCAUGCCCCCAACGUUCUGAGGGAUAACCUAAAUCCAGACAAGUUGAAGGGCACUCUGGAUGCUUCCACUAUCGAUGAAGAGUGGGUUAAACAACCUCCAACAGAAAACCCAAAGGUGGUGCUGGACAAUGAAAAGCCACCGCUGGAAACCUUGAUCAAUUCGCAUGAUUUCGAGCUCGUCGCCUCGAAGACAGCUACCAAGAAGACAUGGGCCUUUUAUUCCAGUGCAGCGACGGACCUCAUCACUAGAGAUGCUAACAAGUCUUGCUUUGAUCGGAUCUGGUUUCGCCCUCGGGUCCUGCGUAACGUGCGCUCCGUCGAUACGCGAACGAAGAUUCUCGGGAUUGACAGCAGUCUUCCUCUGUUUGUGUCACCCGCAGCUAUGGCGAAACUGAUUCACCCUGACGGAGAAUGUGCCAUUGGAAGAGCAUGUCAGAGUAAAGGUAUCAUGCAAGGAAUAUCGAACAACUCCUCAUACAACAUGGAAGAACUAGCCGCGGCUGCUCCAUCUGGAAAUUUCUUCUUUCAGUUAUAUGUAAACAGAGAUCGACAGAAGUCCGCAGCGCUGCUCCGUCAGUGCUCGAACAAUCCCAACAUCAAGGCGAUCUUCGUCACGGUGGACGCUGCUUGGCCAGGCAAACGUGAAGCAGAUGAACGUGUAAAGGCUGAUGAGAGUCUGUCGGUACCAAUGGCACCGGCAAAAGCAUCCAACGACAAGAAGGGCGGCGGUUUGGGACGCGUGAUGGCUGGUUUCAUCGAUCCUGGCCUGACAUGGGCAGACUUGGUCUGGGUCAGAGAACACACGCAUCUACCCGUCUGUCUGAAGGGCGUCAUGUCGGCCGACGAUGCCAUCCUAGCUAUGGAGGCCGGCUUGGACGGUAUCCUCAUCAGUAACCACGGUGGCCGGAACCUGGACACCAGUCCACCGUCCAUCAUCACCCUCCUGGAGCUUCACAAGCGUUGCCCUGAGAUCUUUGACAGGAUGGAGGUCUACGUCGACAGCGGCAUCCGACGUGGUACAGACAUCCUGAAGGCCGUCUGUCUCGGGGCCACUGCUGUCGGUAUGGGGCGCAGUAUGCUCUUCGCCACGAACUAUGGCCAGGAAGGUGUCGAGCACUUGAUAGAUAUUAUGCGCGAUGAGCUUGAAACUGCCAUGAGAAACACGGGUAUCACAAGCCUUGACCAAGCCACUCCAGAUCUGCUCAACACGGGCGACGUAGACCAUCUGGUACCAGGUUCUCGCUCGCAUCCGUAUGCUCGGGCUGUUGCUCGAGGUCGUGGACGGCAGUUGGCGUCCAAAUUGUAGACAGAUACACAAUAGAGAGAGAGCUAUGAUUGGUCAUCUUAUAUGUCGUCAUUUGCUGAUUGGUUCUCUUCUACUUGGAG